GAUUCUAGCGCAGGUGUGUAAGGUGACCCCGCCCAUCUUCACGCAGGUAACCCGCCCAGGUGUGAAAGUCACCGCGCGCUUCAGUAGGGUCAGAUACACCUGUGCAGCACGCGAGGAGGCUGAUUCGGAUCGAACUGAACGUGUGUUGCUGACAAGAAGAGAUUGAUCAGAGUAACAUCAGUCUGAAAGAACACAACAACUGAGAUUCAUUAAACUGAGCGGUCAGAUAUCUGCUGUACAACUUCAGCAACGAGAGGUGGAACGUGAUUGACACCUGGCUGUUAAAGAGCAGGUGUGACGUGCAGAAGUGCAUUGUGGGUAAAAUCUCUCGUGUGGACAGACACUUAUAUCGUUAGAAGACACACAGACGGGAAACACACAAACUCAUCCCACCGACUGACGGACUGAGAAACGGGAUGCCAGGAAUGACCGAGCAGGAAAACAGCAUGGGAACAGACAGCAAACAUACAGCACAGAUCUCAGAUCCCAACACAGGCACUUCAACCGGCUCAAAAACACGCACGGCUAUGGAGGACGAGGACGGAAAGGGGACGGCCAAUAAGAAGGCGGGAAAGUUUACGCGAUCCAGUCUGACACGAUCUGAAAGUGUAAAAGAUCUCAUUUACAAGUUCUCCGGUACAAGCAGGACUAGGCAGAAAACUCCCAGCGGGUCAGGGGGCAAAGGUCAAGAGGAGGAGGAGGAGGUUGAGAGUAGUAUGGAGAGCAGCAGCAUCAGUAAACAUAGGAGUAAAAGUGAAGAUCGCAAGAGGAACCAGAACUUUGAAGAAUCAGAGAACAGGAUGCCAGAUUGCACGAAAACAGAGCAGAAGCCUCACAACCCCGAUAAAGACAAACAAGAGUCCAAAGACCAGAAGAUCUCAGAGGACCACUCCCAACACUCCAAGGACAGGACAGGUGCAGUGGUUCCUGCUCCGCAUUCCAACUACAAUGGUGAAAAGAGGUCAGAGAACGAAUCAGCAACCCCAAAAGUCCGCCCGAACCCAAAAUAUGAGCUUUACCUGGGGUCCAACGUUGCCAAUGGUUCUGUCUCAGGUGAGAGCGCUUCAGCUAACAGCGGUACCAACAGUAACCUGCUGAGGAUCAGUCCAAUGAUUCGCGGAUCCAUGGACUCGCUGUCGUCACGAGACUGGGACAGUAUGUCAGAUAGAACUGGAGGAUUUGAAAGCCCACCGAGGACCGUCUUUAACAGUCCUUAUGCAACGCUGUCAUUGGACUACAAUCCUCCAAACCGAAUGUCUGAUUUCAGCAGGGAAGUGAUGUCACCUGCUGCGUCUGAUGUGAACCUGUUCAGAAGCGUGAGUCCGAUUCAGAGUCCGGUGAUGGCUCAUCGUUCUCGCAUUGGCAACUAUGACAGUCUGAGCCGCAGACGAGAUGUGCAGCCUCCUCCAGGUCAGUUUAUCGUUCGUAACAAUCAGCCGAACAAGCGUGAUUUCAUCCAGGAGCUCACCAAACAGCUGGAGGACUGUCAGAGGAGAAACCAGUUUCUGGAAGCUGAGAGCAUCGAGUUGGAUAAAGAGAGAAACCAGAUCCGCUUCGAGAUGAGAGGUCUGCUGGUGAACAAUGAAGAUCUCCUGCGAACAAACACACAGAUGCAGGGCGAGAUGAACCGACUGAGAGAGAGAAUCGUGGAACUGGAGAGCAACAACAACGUCAUGAUCGAACGUUUUAAACAGAUGGAGAUUGAGCUGAGGGAAGCGCGUGAGGUCAUGGUGGAAGCCAACAAUCAAGAAUACGCCUUCAAUUUCCUUCAACAAUCCCUCAAGAAUAAGAUACAGGACACCGAGGAAGCUCUGGAGAAACAAACUCAAAAUACUCAGAUUGUGUCCGAGAAACUCUGGCUGGCUGAACGCAACCUGGAGGAACUUGAAGUGGAGAAAGAAACCAAAGCCAAGAAAGUUUUAGAGCUCAACAACAAUGUGUUCAGACUGGAGACUGAGCUGGCAGACGCUCUACAGGAGAGUAAUCAGGCCAGAACAGAGCUCAGUCUGCAGCAGAAACUGCGUGCGGAUGCGCAGAUGCGUGUGGAGGAGCUGGAGGAGAGCUUAUUGGAGAAAGAUCAGGAGCUCCUGCGUCUCACACAGAUCGUCAAUCGACUGCAGGGAGAGGUGACGUAUAAGUUGAGCGAUAAGGAGCAGACGCUGGAGGAGGAGAUUCAGCUGCGUGAGCGUGCGCAGCUGCAAUGCAAACAGGCUGAGAGAACCGUGGAAGAUCUGCGCAUGGAGCUGCAGACGCUCACUCAGUCUCGAGAUGACCUCGCUAAACAACUCAAACUAUCCCAGGAGAGCAUCAUUGAUCUAGAGAGUGAUCUAGAAGAACUGAAGGAGAAUGAGCAAAGAUGGGCGUCCAAACACAAGAGAGCUUUAGAACAGGCUGAACAGCUGCAGAUCAAACUGAUUCAGGAGAAAGAUGUGAUCGACCAGCUGGAGUGUGAGAAGGCCAUCCUGGGGAGAGAGUUGAGAGAUGUGCGUAACCAGAUGGAGGAACUUCAGAAUAACAGAGUUGAGGUUGAUUCAGUCACUCGAGCUGAGAGUAAAGCUAAAGAACUGGAGAACACACUGCGUUUAGAGGAGAGGAAUAAAGUGGUUUUAUCAAACACUAUCGGUAAACUAGAGAGAAAGAUUCACGAGUUGACCGAGCAGAUUGAAGAGGAACAGAAGAUCUCUACAGAACAGAGGGAAUUGAUGACGCAACGCAUUCGCUCGCUCAAGAGACAACUGAAUGACGCUGAGGAAGAGGCGAGUCGACGAGAUGUUCAAUACAGACACACACAGAGAGAACUGAGCGAAGAGAGAGAAGCCAACACAAGACUCCAGAGACAACUACUGGACCAACAUCUGCAGAUGAAGAGGACCGAGUCCAAACUAACUCUGGAAAAACUGAGACUUCUAAGUGUAGAUGAGGAGGAUUCGUUUGAAUCAGAACCUACAGAGAAGAACCUCACUCAGGUGUGACCCAACAAAACUACUGAAACAAACUGUUAGAUGGACCCAAACCAACCCAGACCAAAGGGCCAAAGCAAAUCUGAAUGUCCAUAAGCUACAUCAGCCCAGAAAACAUCAGAGUCUGGAUCUGCGGCUGAGAUCUUUAUAAAGAUUAGAAAGAAAAUAUUUCUUUUUUCCUUUAUUUUUCUCUGCUACCUGACAUUGAUCUUCUCACCCCAAAUCCACUUGGAGCCAAAACCAGAUGGCACAAACUGCUUCAGUCCAGGUCUACACGAGAGACCGCAUCUAAAUCUUCCUGCUUCAUAUGAACUGAUUUCUAGAACAGACUUCUGAUGAACAUUGUUCUGGAGAAACAUCUUCCUCGUCGGAGGAUUACAGUUGUUGUUGUUAUUAGUCGUGAAUUUUUGUAAUGUACUACAUGUUCUCUUUAUAGGUGAAGGGCAUCACUGCCAAAUACUCUGAUUGAUGGGGUCAAAACCAUUUUCAAAUAUUAUCUGUGCAUAUUAUUGGUUUCUUUUGUUUACAGUAAGGAAGCUACAUUAUAUAUUCUAGAUAUCUAAGUUAAAUGGUUGCUAUUCUCUCUUCUGUAGUUUCUGUCACAUUAUUGUCUUCAGUGUUUACGUAGAAAACAUAUCAACCAUACUUGCAUAGGACAAAAUCAUUUGAAUCAGUAUUUUGUGUUGUUUUCCACACUGUAAAGAAAAUGCAGCAUGAACUUGGUUUUGCAAGUUAAUUCAACCUACUGUUUUAAGUUUUGGCUUGUGAUAAGUUGACAUAACUUAUAAAAUCAAGUUGAAACUGUUUAACUUAAGUUAAAGUAACAUAAAAUAUAUGUUGAUUUGACAAAAAUGCUGCGUAUAUUUUUACAGUACUUUUUUUACCCAUUUUUAAGCAAGAGGUAAGAAAAUGAAUUCAAAUGGUAUUUUAUUUUAUCUCUCUUUUCUAGUUAAUAUAUUUAAGUGAAAACAACAGAAAAAUGAUUGAAGGUCAGUUUCCUAGACGGGGUUUAGAUUAAUCCAGGACUCAGCCUUCAUUAUAUUAGGACAUUUAAGUAGUUUUUACAAACAUACCUUACAAUUCACGAUAACAACCAGCUAACUGUACAUUAUCCUGCUUAUUACACUGCUAUUUACCUUAUAAGUAAGGUAAGGAACAUUAAAUAUCAAUUUUAAAUAUUUUAUUUGCUCAUUUUUCCAACGAGCAAUGCUCUGAAAAAAACAAUAACGGUGUUCAUCUUGAGAUCAAACAAUGGCACUGAUAUGUGUUAAGAUAUGUCAGUGCGAUAUAUAUUUCUAAAUGAAGUCAGUUCAAAGAUUAAGAUAAGCCCUUUUUGGGAAACUGCCCCCGUGAAAAUGAUUUUGCACUACUGAAAUGUUUUUUUUUUCAAUCGUUUAUUUGAUGUAUUUUGGGACUUGCAGAUGCAUCUGACCGUUGAACACUUUAGUGUAUUUCUGUAACAUUUAUUAAUAUUGAUGUAUUAUUUUUGCAUGAAUGUAAAGAUUAUAAAGAGGUUAGUGUAAACUCUUGGAGUUUGCAAUAUCAAUGUGGUAAUGGUUAACCAAAACAACCUAAAGUGACCUAUAGAUGUAUUUUGACAAUCUGAGCUCUUGGUUAUCACGCAGUGUAUUUGGUGGCACCUAAAAGGCAAGCAAAGCAUUUUUAUGUACUCAUAAAUGUGUUUUCUGAGGUUCUAGUGUAGUUUAAUUGUACAAAAUAGUAAUAAAAUGUGAUAAAAGAUA